GGAAGAAUGCUUGGAAAAUAGUCGAAAUAGUUGAGGUGUGCAUGCUCGUCGUAUGCCUCAGGCCAUCAGGCGAGGCUAAAACGCAUGUCUGUGUGUCAUAAAGCGCUGCUUUUCUGUUACUGAAAAUGUCGAAACCAAAGAAAGACAUGAAGGUGGUGUCUAUAGUGGACAGUUGGGGUAGAGUGUCAUCACAAGGUGGGGAGCCCAAGGUAUCCACCACAGCCUCAGGGACCCUACAAGAAUCCCGUCAGCUGGCACUGUGUGUCAUCCAGAAAGUGUGUCGGAGCUUGGAGGCGGAGCUUGAGAAUGUCCAGUUUGAGAAGCUGGACUUUGGAGAGACCUCUGUCCUGGACCUAUUUUACAAUGCGGACGUGGUCAUCGUGGACAUGAGUAUCCCCGUCCAGCAGUCGGCCCUGUUCUAUCACAUCGGGGUCCGGCAGAGCAUGGAGAUGAAAUUCAAUAUUGUACUCCAUUAUGAUGUUGAUCCUGAACAGUCUCUGGCACUCAGGCUGUCCUGUGGUAACAAUGUGCUGUUUUUCCCGUACUUGGUCGACAACAAUAAGACGUGUGUGGUGGUGGAGAACUCCACCCUCCCCCAGAACUGCUGUGUCCACCCAGAGAAAGGACAGCAGUCCCUGUUUGUACAGCUCAAAAAGAAGCUCAGUGAAAUGGAGAAGGAAAAUACGGUUCAUAUAAAGGAGAGGUUCCUCAAUGACUUACGCAAGGCCAGGGACCAGUACAAGGGAGAGGAACUAGUCAAGGUAUUGGAGGCCAUGAGGACGCGGCUGGACGACCCCCAACUGUUGUGUGUGGAGGUGGUGAUGAAUAUGCUCAUUUCUCUGAGGGAGACACAGAAUUAUGAUGCCAUGGUGAAGCUUGUAGAGGACCUAGAGCAAAUUCCUCAAAACAAGAUCACUGGACAGUUCUGUGUGAUGUACUAUUACGCAUUCGCUCUAAACAGGAGAAAUAGAGAUAGAGACAGAAGCAAGGCUCUCAAGGUCAUCUUAGAGGCGAUUCGUCAGACGGAGAACCCUAGCCCGGACAUGCUGUGUCUGUGUGGGCGUAUCUACAAGGACCUGUACAUAGACUCGGACUACACGGACCGGUCAAUGCUGGACAAUGCUGUACAGUGGUAUAGGAAGGGUUUUGACAGACAGCCCAACGAGUAUGCAGGAAUCAAUCUAGCGACACUCUUAGUUAUCUCAGGCAAAGAUUUUGCUUCCUGUUCCGAGCUUCAGAGAAUUGGUCUGGUACUGAACAAUUUGAUCGGGAAGAAAGGAAGUUUGACAUCCCUGCAGGAUUACUGGGACGUCGCCACGUUUUUCGAGAUCUCUGUGCUGGCACAGGAUUAUGGGAAGGCCGUGCAGGCAGCAGAGUGCAUGUUUAGACUGGAACCCCCAAACUGGUACCUCAAGUCUACUGUGGGUAACAUUGCGUUAAUCAUGAGGUUCAAGAAGAAAACACCUAGCUAUUCCAAAGAGCUCCAGCUGUUUAAUUUCUGGAUGGAGUUUUUCGCCGAGGCCUGUAAGACGGACCCCAAGGAGCUAACCAGCAGCUCCUUCCCUGUGUUGGUACAGGAGCCGACCAAGGUGUUGAUGCCGAGCUACGUCCAAAUAAACUGGGACGAGGAAACGAAGGAAGUCCGGCUGUGGCACGAUUACCCCGAGUCUGACUGUUGUAAGGACCAUGAGUGGACGUUCCCCGCCACCACCAUCAAAGGAGUCAGUUUAUAUAGAAGAGACUGCCGCGCCGUGUUUCUGUAUGUCCAGGAAAACUCGGACGAUUUCCACAUCUACUUUUCCUCAGAACUACAGAGAAGACAGUUCUAUAAGACGGUGUCUGACAUGAUAAAGGACCAGGCGGACAGUCAGGUCUUUGACGAGUCCGUGGACGAGUAUGACUCGAUAGAGUACCAAUAUGAACUGGACGAGAAGAACCAGCGCGUGGUGUUGGGGCGGGGCACGUUCGGUACGGUGUACGCAGCCCGUGACACUAAAACACAAGUCAGGAUCGCCGUCAAGGAAAUCCCAGAGAAAAACACACAGGAAGUGCAGCCUCUUCAUGAAGAAAUCAAGCUGCACAGUCGACUCAGUCACAGAAACAUCGUCAAAUACCUGGGCUCUCUCAGCGAGGACGGCUACUUCAAGAUCGUCAUGGAACAAGUGCCAGGAGGAAGCCUGUCAGCUUUGUUGCUGUCCAAGUGGGGCCCCCUGAAGGAUAAUGAAACUACGAUAGCUUACUACAGCAAGCAGAUCCUGGAGGGCCUCAAGUACCUGCAUGACAAUAAGAUUGUACACCGCGACAUCAAGGGAGAUAACGUCUUGGUAAACACGUACAGCGGCCUCCUGAAGAUCUCAGACUUUGGUACGUCCAAGCGACUCUCCGGAAUCAACCCCUGCGCCGAGACGUUUGCUGGUACGAUACAGUACAUGGCUCCUGAGGUGAUAGACAAAGGUCUCCGUGGUUACGGACCACCGGCAGACAUUUGGUCGCUGGGCUGUACUGUGAUAGAAAUGGCCACGGGGAAGCUACCGUUCAUAGAGCUGGGCAGUCCAGAAGCGGCCAUGUUCAAAGUCGGCUUCUACAAAAUGCAUCCAGAAAUUCCUGACACCAUGUCGGAGAACGCCAAAGACUUCCUGCUCAAGACCUUUGAACCAAAACCAGAACUAAGAGCUCGAGCCGAGGAUCUGCUGAAGCAUCCUUUUAUUGUAGAGACACUGGCCAAGAAGAAGAAGAAGCGAGCCAGUGACGGGGAAUAUCUACGCAGUAUUUCUAUGCCCACAGGCCAAGAGGGACAGUUCCAGCACAAAACCACAAUGCAGCUACAGCUACCAAAGAAAAAGAGGGAGCCCAAAUCUCCAGCCUCCAGCAUAGGCAGUAACGAUACGAUGGAUCUGGAUGAUUAUGACACGGCCGAGGAGAAAGAUAGAGAAAUUGAUCUUAAGUACCACAGAUCACGUAGUGUUCACACCGGAUUUCUGGCCAUGGACCGAGCAGACAGGAAAAUAGAUCUAGUUUUCCGUAAACGGGCGGGAUCGGACAGCAAAUUCCUGGAGAGGGGGAGGUCACCAUCGCCACUCACUCGAUCCCCCUCGCCUAUGGUUCUGGAGGGGUUGACCUACAGUUCUGAUGCAGGGAGUUCGGGUAUGUCUGGGAGCUCGAGUAUGCUGAAUCUGUCGCCGGACAUUGGGGACAUGGAUCACAACUCCCACGAUUCCUCAGGACUGGGCGGGUUCUAUCUGCUGAGGAAAGACUCGGAGCGUCGCAUCACGCUGGUUCACAUCCUCACCAAAGACAUGGAACAGAUUUGUGAGACCUGGCUUCAGUUCUUACACAAGGAUGCCACAAUAUCCAACCCCAAGCUCUGUGUGGAACAUUUACGAUGGAUGCUGGUCAGUCUAAAGAACUACAUCUCGGAUCCCAACUGUAAACACUGCAUCAAGGACACCCUCGAACAAUUGCGGCAGGCGGUGGACUUUGAUGCAGCAGCUUUGAUGGAGAUUCAGCUAGCCCUCUAUGUGUUCCAUGAAGCAGUCAGUAAGCAUCUAAAGAGUCACAGCAUCCAGCCCCACUGGAUGUUUGCCCUUGACAACUUACUGAGGGGAGCAGUGCAGGAGGCCAUUAUGAUCCUUUCUCCAGAUCUGGGAGCAAACAUCGCCGGAUCCAAGGAGGAAGAGAUUGAGACGUCAGGAGUUCCGUCCACAAACUCAGGAAAGUCAGCCUUGUUGUAUCGUAGUUCAGCCGUCUCAGAGCUACAGAACCAGCUGGAGAGUAUACAGGAAGAAAACAUGCAGUUGCUUCAGCAACUGGUGGAUGUAAACAGGAUGUAUGGUGAUGUUUUACGUAAAACAAUAGAGGAGAAGAAGACACAUCUAGAGAACAUGCAGGCUUUAUCUUCAAUCAACAAUGUAACGGAGGCUGCAGCACUCAGCAAUGCUAGAGUCCCGGCCAUCCAUGAGCCCCCGGACGAAGCCCUCGUUCUCUGGCUCAGAAACAGGAAGUUUGACGAAGAUCUCAUUGAGACGAUCACACAGGAGCAGUUUGUUUUGUCGGAUCUGCUGGAGAUAGUUCGGUACGAGGACCUACAACGGCUCGGCCUCCGAGGUGGCGUCCUGUGUCGAUUGUGGCGGGUCAUACAGAGCCACAGGAAGGAGCACGGCCUGGAGAAAAUGUUCCAGGAGAGGUAACAGAGGUCAAGGGUCAAGGCCAGGUUACCAAGUGACCUUGUGUUUGUCACCAAGUCUGCGUUAUCAUGGUUGUCAUACAGUUUUCUUCAUGGAUUCAGGGACAGUCAUACUGUGUCACAAGACUGUCACAUGACCGGGGACAGUCAAAUGAUGUCACAUGACAUUGGACAGUCAAACGAUGUCACAGGUCAGACAGUGUAUGCAGCUAAACGUACUUAGAAACAGCAAGGACUGUGUAUGUGGGAGAAAAUAAUCUGUCACAUGACCUGUCUCCUUCCUAGUCACAUGGUUUAAGACUGUUCCUGUGAUUGGUUUAUACAGUCGGGAGAUGGGAUUGAAGGAAGUUACGAGUAUUUUUAAUUUAUACCAAAUUUUACAUUGACUGACUAUUGUUUUGUGGAAGUUUUGUGUAACUUGACUAUUAUUUUCCUCUUUUAAGUGUUUUUAUGUCUGUGAUGUCAAAGUGCUGUGAAUCAUGAAGGGUUGGGGGGAGGGGGCUAGUCUCAUAUGUCAUUGCCAACAAGUAAAUGCACAUUGUUAAUUAGUGUGUUAAUUUUUCUGCAUGUGUCUUAGAGACAGUUAUGUUGGUUCAUUGGUAAGUUAACAUUGGGUAAGUUUACAUUAGGUAUGUUUCCUUUGGGUGUGUUUAUUAGUUGAUGCUGUCCAUGUGGUGCUACUUCAGUAUUCAACUUUUGCUGUACCUUAUGGUUGUGUAUUCCCACUCAUCGUCAAAAAUAUCAGCUUUCUGUGAGGCAUUAACUUUAUUGAUGAACAAAACACUGUGAUGAUAUCGACCAUCCAUUGAUUUGAGGAUAUUUGGAUGAGAUGGUAGCAAACAAGAUGUGAACAAUCAGACUCUGUUUACACCCAGACUUGUAGUUUGCAACUACCCUCUGUAUCACACUUUUUUUCUUGGAAAAAUUUAUUCAACUUUUUGAUAGCACAAUAUUUUGAACAAAGUCUCUUACACAUGUACGUGUAGCUUACCUGUUAAAUUCUAUAGUUACAAGACAUGAUGCAAAAUGAUUUUUUUAUCUUGUAUUUCAAUUAGAAGAGUUUAUCAGAAGUUACAUGUACUAAGUGUUUAAUAAGUGAUCUUUAAUUUGUUUUUUAACAAUUUAGUUUGUUUAAGGAGGCCAGGUGUCAACAAAUUAACCACAGAUUUACCCUCAAUUUUUAGAAAUGAUGUUUUAAGUUUAAAACUUUCAUUUGGUAAAGAAAAUUUAUAUUUUUUAGCUUUAAAAUUUGAAUGUUUUCCUACAUCUCCAUAUAUAGCUCUCCUUGUUAAGGAGAUCAAUAUAGUCUAAAAAUGGCCAUCAAGCCCACUUAAUGCAAAACAGGCUGUAUACUUGUGUAUGUCUUGCUGUUCUCAGACCUAUCUGAAAAUAUUAAUGUUAUCUGAGAAUUUUAAUUUGAAAGAAUUUAUCAUCAAUUGAAUUUAUUUCAUAUUGUUCCUCAAUCUAUUUUAUAUUGAAUUGGACUUUUAUUGUUCAUUGUUUUAUCAUGAAUUUACCCAUUAUAUUGCCUCUGAAUUUUUUUAAGUCUUUAAGGUGAUUUCUUUAUACUAGAGGUUUUACAUCUGUUUUUAGGUUUAUAUCGAGUAUGAAUGGAAUAAGAUUAUUCUCCAUUUUAAUUCAUUUUAACUUUGACAUUGUUUUUAGACCUUCAGAGAUAUUUGUCCAAUAUCAUAUCCUGAAAAUUUUCACCUUCCAUUUUUACAAAUUACUGUUAUUACCAAUACUUUUUUAAUUUUUUAACCUUUAGUUUAUCGGUACGAAACUUGUUGUUAUGGGUUUUGGCAACAUGGUCGACUUUCUGUUUAUAAUCCAUGCACAUGCACAUACCAGACAACAUCACCUCAACCCACUCCCAACAGGGUGCAUUCGUUUGGUCGAUUUGAGAGCUGCAAGAGUAAUCCUACAUGUAAUUUGCUCGUUUGCAGUAUGGAGAUCUCCGGUAGAUCUGCUUUUUCUACUUUUCAAAUAGCAGGUAGACUCUGGAGAUAUCCUUGACCAGUUCUGGAGGAAGCAAACGAAUACACCCAAAGUCAUGCUUAAAUCGCCCGGUGAUUGAUUAUUAGAUUAGAAAAAAUUAAAAGUUUAUCUUGAUUCCCAGUAAGCAUUCAGUAUUGUUUGUGUGUUAGAAUUGCAGUUGUUUGCUUUUAUUUUAUCAUGUUGUUACAUAUGCCUGGUUUAUUCUUAGCUUUACUGUUGAUGUAUUCCCCAUUCACAAAGGUCUAGCUCUAUACCAAAUGUGUGAGUCUUGAUGAGAUUGAGAUGAAGUCUCGGUGAGAUUGAGAUGAAUGACGCAAACGUUGUAUGUGUGGCAAGGGAUUGGAAUGAAAAGUCGAGUCUAAACAAAAGUCCAUCUUCUCUUAUUAGAGAUAAAUGUCAUUUCAUAAAGUUUAUAUUCUUUCAUUUAAUAUCCUACCUAUGUCUUGAUGAUACAGAAAGUUUAUCUCUUAAUUAUUAAAAGUGAAUCGUUUUUUUUUUAAACAAAAGUUUAUUACCUUUGAAUCUGAUUGAAUUGUUACAAAAUGUUAUCUCUGUGUUAAGAUUAUGAAAUGUUAUAAAUGUUAUAUAUUCUCUGAUUGUUACAUUCUCUGCAUAAAUAAUGAAAAGUUACAAGUGUUUAUACAUCUCUGUAUAUUGUCACUGAAUAAAAUGUUCACCAAGUGUGUUGCAUCCCAACCAGGAAUAAAUACAAAUAAAUACAAAUUCUUGUGAA